AUGCAGUGCAAUAGCACUACACUCCUGGUCAUUAUCAUGGGGAUAGUGGCACCUUGUUCUAAGGUGCAGGGUUUUUUCCGUUCAGCAGGUAAGCCUUCUGGCCCUUCUAUGCAUCAAGUGUGCAAUAUGCCAGGCCUCUCUGCAAGUUAGGAAUCCCCUGCAGAUUGGACGGGAUUGGGCAGGUUGGGCAUUGGGCGUCAUCAUGGCGACAGUUCUCUGGCAUGUGUAAGUCACCAUUGACUCUGGGAGACUCAGAGAAAUGUUCUGCUUUUUCACCUUUUGUUCAGCCUGCCUGUAUCCUUGCCUCUACACUUUCACCCUGAUGAAUACAUAGGGUCCCAUCUGUGCUCUACCUCUAAAGCAGUAUUAUUCCCCUUUAAACUACGAAAGAUCCCUGGGAAAUGUAACUUGGUCAGCAGGCUGAGAAUUGUUAGGAGACCCCCUUCUCCUCAAUGUACAAAGUGGUUUAAGAGCCAAGGCUUCUUCCCGGCAAAUUUGGGAAUUGUUGCUGUGGGAGGGGGCUUGGGGUCUCCUAACAAGUCUCAUCAUUCCUAAUAAACUACAGUUCCCAAUGUAAUUUGGGGAAGCCAUGAAUGUUUAAAGUGGUAUAAUAGUUUGAGCCUGCCCUGUAACUAGUGAUAAUGGGAGGCAUACCCUUCUUUGUUACAAAUCCAGUUUUUAAAAUUCAAGUUUGGAAGUCUCUUGACACAUAAAUCUACAGUAAUAGGAAGUGUUCACUGGGAUUUUAAAUCUUUUCCUUCUUUAUAGUCGAUAACUUCUUAAAGGUAAAAGCAACAGAGAUUUGGAAGCGCAGUUCCUGUUGAACAAAUCCAGAAACGUCUCAGGAAACAAUGCUAUACAAAAAUAAUGACAUUGGAGAACCCGUAUUUUCCCUCCCCCUUGGAAACAAUGGCUGCCUCUACACCAUACAGUGGUGCCUCGCAAGACGAAAUUAAUUCGUUCCGCGAGUUUUGUCGUCUUGCGAUUUUUUUCGUCUUGCGAAGCACGGUGUCGGGAAAGUUUUGGAAAAGCUUCAGAAAUCACCAAAGUCUUAAAAAACCUCAAAAAAGGCUACCACACCGCGGUCUAUGAGGUGCUCCUCGAAGUCAAGUCGCAACUGUAUUAACGGUGUUAAGAAAAAGGAAACAAACUUGCAAGACGUUUCCGUCUUGCGAAGCAAGCCCAUAGGGAAAAUCGUCUUGCGAAGCAGCUCAAAAAACAAAAAACCCUUUCGUCAGGCGAGUUUUUUGUCUUGCGAGGCAUUCGUCUUGCGAGGUACCACUGUACACUUAAGGCACAUGGAUCCCUCCUACCCCAAGGCCUACAGUGCCCACAGAGCUACAAUUCACAGCACCCAGAACAAACUACUGUUCCCAGGAUUCUUUGAAGAACACAAUUUGCUUUACACAGAUAGUGUCUACACAGGCAACAUCACAUGAGCUGAUAGUGCCCUUUCUAGGAAAAAAUUCCAGCUCCAGUUCGAAAGCAUCACCUUCUUUGGCUUUUGGAGAGACAUUCUUAACACUAAAAGAAAAUGAAAUCAAUAUGGCUAAAAAGCCCUUGGGCUAGCAUCCCAUGGGGUAGGAAAUAUAAAUUAUUUCAUGAUCUCAGUUUGGAUUACAAUAGCAAACUUUGCUCAAAGUCGCAGCUGAUUCUACAUUUGACUUGAGAAUUAUGGAUGCACUGCAUUCGACAGCAACUAAUACAUUCCAUGCGGGAAUCUGCUGCCUUUAGUGCCUCGGGUGUGUGUGUGUGUGUGCGCGUGUGUGUGCAACAGCUUCGUUGUCAGUGUGACCCCAACGACAUUCACUGAAUUGAUUAUUCUUAAGUGCUGCAGUCUUCUUAAAGGCUAUGGGGAAAAACCACCACUGAACUCUACAACUGGACUCCAGAUUGGGCUCUUUAAUGUGUAUGCCUCUUGGGUCCCAAUGUGUAGGCUCCAUCUUUGGCUACUUGGUAGAGAAGAUAUCAGAUGUCGGGUUAACAAAUGUCUUCAAAUGGUAUUAUCUUCUGUGCUUCAUAAGAUGAGCUAACAUAUAUGGUACCUGUGGCUGUUCCUCUUCCCAUCCUUCCUCCAGGAACUAUACCUAAAAAAUGCACACUCACUCCGGAUUAUGGAAAAUGCAAGACCUUCCUUACACAUUUUUACUACGAUGUUAAGAGCAAAAUGUGCAGGGAAUUCAUUUACAGUGGUUGCGGAGGCAAUGGAAACAACUUCCUAGAUUUAUACCAAUGUGUUUUUGAGUGUCACCCGUCUGGUAAGGACAAUUUUAAUACCCCCUCCUUUCCCCUAAACCUUAAAAACAACCAAAUGUUUGAAGUGAAAAUCUUUUUAUAAGUUGCCCUUGUGUUUCUAGGGAGUGUUGUACUGAAUUGAUUCUCUGCUGCUGGAGGUGUUCUGCUGCAUCACUUUUUAAAAAAAGAGAUGUUAAUAGGAGUUGUUGUCCAGCAACAUAUAGUGACCCCAUCUUUCCACACCCUUCCCCUACAGACUCCCAUGGCCCACAAAUUCAACUUCAGUGGGGACCCCAAAAUUCUUGUAAGCUGCCUAGGGAGGUGUUAACCCUGUAAUAAGGGGGGGGGAUGUAAGCAUUCCUGCCCUUAGUUCUUACAGUAAUCUCUAAAUAAAUAAAACAAUUAGAAGUGAAAGCAGAUUACGGAUGGGGAAGCUGAAGCCCACCUACCUCUUGGAUUAUUGGCUGUGCCAUUAGCAGAGGUGUUUUUAGAGCAGUGUGACCAGUUUCCCGGCACAUGGUGAACUGAGCUGAGAGGCCGUCUACCCACCUCCUUCCCAAAGCCUAACUUGCUUUGCGAAGGGGGCAUGAGGGCUGUGGCUGACAGGGUCCUAGAGUCCUCCCAGAUCCUUCCCAAAGCCUACCUAAUGCUUGCCCAACUUUGGGAAGGUGAUGGAAAGAGUCUAUAGUAACGUUUAAUGGAGAUAGUACAGGCAUAGGGAUGGUGGGAGUUGUAGUCCCAAAAUAUCGAGUUUGCCUGUGCCUGAGAUGGUACAAUGUUUAAUUAAGAACCGGAUGGGGAAGAGCAGUUCCUGAAUUAACCUCUAGCUACUUGUAUCAGCUGUCCAAUGGUCCGUUUUUCAUUUCCCCGUAAAACUCUGUAUCUAAGCUGUUUCACACUCACAUCAAAUGUGCUGUACGGUAAGAUUCUUCACCUUGUUCUUUUCACAGCACUUCAAGUACACAGGCUAAUUGGGUGGAAACAAGGUAAGAGUUCCUGUGGCUGCUUGCAGUGCGAUUCAGAAAUGGAGUGGGGGAGAUGCCUCUAAAUAUGAGAGUCAAAAGAGACAGGACAUAAGCAGCAAGAUGAUGAGAAGGGACUGCCUCAGUCUGCCACUUUGUGGGACUUGGGAGCAGAGAAGGGAACCCUACGAGGGCAUUUCAUGGUUUACACAUCCUGAACAUAGGAUAUGCAAACCAUGAAAUCCAGGCCCCCCAAAAUUGAUGGGCAUUUCCAUUCAAAUGGUCUCUGUGUGCCAAGUCUUUUGAUUAUGUGGGGCAGGACUUUAUUAUUACGGUCACAGACCAGUUCUGGCUCACUUACAAUAUCAGGAAAAUCAUAAAACACAACAGGAAUACAUUGAAUUGCAUUUGGGUAUAACAGAGGCAAUUCAGAUAUAGCGGCAGUUAAAAAUAUAUAUUAAAUCUUGAUGACUAAAAUAUAACCUAAAAUUGUCAUUUAAAACCUUAAUCAUUUUGGUAGUACAUCUUGUUCCCUAAGUUUUAUGGCAGUUGCACAGAAUUUGGCCACCCUUAGCGUAAUCUCUAGAUUCUUGUCCUCUACCUUGUCCUCUUGUUUUAGACAUUGAAGUUCGGACCCAUUUGGAGAUUUUUGUAUAACAGGAGUGAUAAAUACCGAGUGUAUAUCCCCAUAGAAACGGCAGCGUAACAAGACAUGAGAGACAGUUUCUACCUCUAUCAAGCCGCAGGGACAGACUUAUUUCACAUAUGGUUUACCCUCGAAUCUGCCCUGCAAUAAGGCAGAUGGCAGCACGUUGAAUCUAGUGAGGGUAAAUGACCGUCUGUAUUUGGGUAUUUGUAAUUUUGACAAAUAAUUUGCUGGGGUAAAUCCUCUCCCAUUAUCUUUUAUUGCCGGGUGUUUAUUCAUCUCGCUCACGUGGCAUUGCAGUUCCACAUCCCAAAUUCGUUGGUGGAUUAUUGCUCUAGCUUUCUCAUAACCUACAGCUAUCAGGGCCUGUGGGGAAAACCCCAAGCCUCUUAGCUUUCCAUGCAGUGUAGCUUUCCAUUUGGAUUGGUAGGGAUCCAGUAGGGGGCAGGACUUACCUUGGCCUCCCCCAAUGUUUUAUUCAUGUUGGCACCCCUGAUACAGAAUCUUGGGGUCAAAGGGGCUGGGAGAUGGAUGGGGUCUUUUUCAACACCCGACAUUCCUGCAUGCCACUCCAGGGUUCCAGUCAUUGCCCACUUGGAACAGAUAAUCUCAGCAGUUUGAACUGCAGGACUUUGAAAUAGGAUUUACAUCUACUAUGGUAGAAAAGCUUAUAUAUGUGUGAGCUUUCCACAUCCCCCUUUCCUCCUCCUCCAGAGCUACCUCUAAAAUGCAAGCGGCCAUUUACAUUCGGAAAUUGCCAAUCUAGUGUGCUACGCUAUUAUUACAAUGUCAAGUUGAAGAGAUGUUUCAUGUUCAUAUUUAGUGGAUGUGGAAGCAACGAGAACAAUUUCCAUUCUUUCAGGGAAUGCUACGAGGAGUGUGAAAAGUAUGGUAAGAAUGAGCCACUUUUUGUCUUUUUUUCAAUCAACUUUUUGCUUAACUUUAUGCAUUCUCUAGUGGCAUUGCAGCUCCACUAAAGCAGCAUAUUGCCCUAUAAACACGGGGGGAGUGGGGUAGCUUUGGUACUAAUGGGGUAAGCAUUGCUGAUUUGAAAAAAGUCAGAAGAAAUGCAACAUUUGACACUAGAGUGCGAAAGCUUGGUGCUAGAGCAGGGAAAGUGUGCAGGCUUCAAAGUGAAAGAAAAUCUUGUAUAGCACUAAGGGAAAAAAGGGAAAGGGGGCAGAAUUUUGUUUUUUUAAUGUUAUCAUUUGAGAACAGUGACAAAAGUCACCUGAAUGCAUAGCUGAACAAAGGGUUCUGUACAGUGGCAGCUCGGUUCUCGAAUGUAAUCUGUUCUGGAAGCCCAUUUGGCUUCCGAAACGUUUGAAAACCGAGGCGCAGCUUCCCAUUGUUUGCAAGAGCUUCUUGCACUCAGUGGAAGCCACAUCGCACGUUCAGGUUCUGAAAAAUGUUUGAAAACAGAAGCAUUUACUUUUCGGCGUUAAGGAGCCAAAACGUACAAUAGUGGAGGCGUUCAGGAAUGGAGGUUCCACUGUGCUGGCAAUCUGAAACAUAUCAGACUAGGGACUCAGUUACAUUAGUAAAAAACAACAACAACCACAUUAUGAUUGUGUUAAAACACUGCGACACCAGAUGCUGCUGUAGAGCUGAAAUCUGAACUCGAUGAUAUUUUUCAUUGUGAGCUUUGAAACUCCCCCCCCCCAGCGUUUUUUAAUAACUGUGUAGAUGCAGCCUUAGGGAGAGUAUCCCUUGGGACAGUGGUUCUCAAACUUAUUGCUCUGUGCCACACUUCCAAAAUAAAGGUUUGAUUGCGCCAUACCAAAAAUUGUUAUCGAUAAGAAAUAUCUGUAAAUAAUUGCAACGUUCUGUGUAUAAGGUGACCCCUAAUUUUAAACUUAAAAAAAUUGGGGGUAAAUAUAGUAUUAUACAUGGAAAAAUGCAGUAGUUAUAAACAAGUAUCUUUUAUUGUCCUUGAAUUUUCCCACCACACUUGCCAUCCUCUCCUGCCACAUUGGUGUAUCUAAUUACUGCAUCUAAUCUGAUUCCGUUUCACCUAAACUCCACUGGCACAUAGAUAAAGGGAGGAUGUUAAUUUAUGUGCAUAUUCAUGGGAAAGGACAAGACAGCCUACCGAUCAUUAAUGGAUGCUAAACUGAGCUGUAGUAAGUCCUUAGCAUAGUGCUUUUUCAAGAACAGAACCAUAACUAGAGUUGCUCUAGAUUGCUCCGUAGCAAUUGUAACUUUCAGCAUAAAAAUGGUCUCCAGUCUCUGCCAUUUGGUUAACAUGGUUCUUCUUCUCCUUAUAACAGAAAUACCUGAAUACCUGAUAAAUCCUGACAUACUUAAAGGUAAGGACCAAGUAAAGGAGGGAUCCAUGGCAUUCUCCUUCUGACCUUCGUAUGCAUUCUGCCUUCCACUCCAUUUCUUCAGUUCUGCAGCCUGUUUUUUCAUGUCUCCUUUGCCGUAUCUAUACUACUAAGCUGUUACUUUCUAUGAAAGGCUGCACCAACUCAGAGGCUGUUGGUGAAUUUUCUGUCAUAGUAUGCUAAAUAUGUCUUAAGGAAUCUCAGAAACCAUAAUCUCAUCCUAUCUACACAGACUGCAUCUACACAGCUAUAAAAAAACACUCUGAAAAUGCUAUGAAAAGAAACCGUUUUAAAGCUCACAAUGGAAAAUUUCAUAGAGUUCCAAUUUCAAUAAAUUUUCACAGUGCUAUAAUGCAUUUAUAAGUAAAUGUAAUGAGUCCCAACUGGUCUCUUUCUUCUGUUGUCCACAUUUCCACUCUUGUCAAUGUGACUCUUGAAUCCCAGGGCAGAGUUUUCAUAAUUGUCACUGAGAUAAACUCAGGUGUUGCAACCAGGCGUCCAAGUGGUGGGGGCUGGGGGGUCUUCAGACCCCUGCCAUUUUUUUCAAGGAGGGGUCUGAACUCCCCCAAAAUCCUGUGGCUCCACCCCACCUCCCCAUCAAUGUCACGUGGGGAGGAGGUGGCCCAGCUCCACACUCCCCAAUACCCACCCAGCGUGCGAGGGCCGGCAUCGUGGCGGUGGGACGCCUGCCCAGCCCUGCCCAGUGGUGUGCCCCACGACAUGGGGGCAAGUUGGUGCCUUUGGUUGCAACCACAAGUAUGACACCUUAAAACUCUAUUUCCUUCAAAGAACCAAGUAAUAAAUAUGAACCUUGUUUCUGUCCUUCUCUGCCCCUGCAAUAUCAGAGUUUCUUCUUGAUUACUGUGACCAACCCCUAGACAUGGGAGACUGCCACAGUGCUUUUCCUCGCUUUUACUACGAUGACAGGAGCAGAACCUGCAAGCCGUUCAACUACACUGGCUGUGCAGGGAACAGAAAUAACUUCAAUGAGGAAUAUGAAUGCUUUUGGGCAUGUGCAGGCAAUGGUAAGGACACAGAAAAUGUUUAGAACUUUCCCAGAGAGGAACUUCCAUUAUUCUCUGAAUGUUAUUUAUGCAAUGAUUGCGUUCCAACUGCAUUAAUUCAAUAUCCUCAUUUCAUAGAAGAGGGAGAAGUCCCCUCACCCUAUCUGGUGGGCACCAUUGUGGGCUGGCAUUCCUCCACGCAUGGGAAUUCAAUGUGGGAAUACCCAGGGACUGGUUGCGUGGCGAGUUCCCGCCCCCCACCAGGAUAAAUAAAGACACGAGACACCAUGGUUUAAGGUUAAAUGGGCGAAUUAGGCCACAACUUUAUUGAAUUCAGGAAUGAGAGGCAUUGGCUUAGGCACUGGUCCUAACAACUAUCCGGCUCCAGCCCAUUUGCUGGAGACACAGGGAAGGGUUAACACUAUAUCGGGGGAGUCUCCCGCCGAGGCACGUCGACUAGGAGCUCCCCUGGGUCAUCGCUCGGGGGCGUGCCUUUGGCCCACACCUCCAUAGGCUUCAGACAGGGCCACGCCCCCCGGAGUCCUUUAACGGACCACCCUUCGCUCACUGGGGGGAGGUGAUGGCGUUCCUCCCCCCCCCACAUCCUCUUAACCCCUUCUUACCAAUGCCUACCGCCACACGAGCAAUCGCUCGCCGCCAAUACUCUCAUGCCUGAAACCAAUCCCUUACCCCCUUUGCUAUAUCAGUAAGCCACAUGUCAUUUCCCGCAUCUGAAAGAUGCACGCCAUCAGCCAAAUAUCAUUUCCCGCAUCCGAAAGAUGCACGCCAUCCAGCCAGUAGAGGCCUUGCAGUUGCCCGGGUGGUCAAUGACCCACCCACCCCGGGCUGCCACUCUACGCACCACCGCCCGAUCCAAGGCUUUCCUAGCCCUAUUUAUGGCUAUCGGGCACCUGCUCUCUCUCCAAACCUGGCUUUCCAUCAACAAGGCCCAAAGAAUGGUGAUGUUUGGAUAAGAGGCCUUAAGUUCCUCAAGGUCACUAAAGAGAUGCCACAUCAAGUCGACUGCCUUUCUGUAAGCUAAAUCCUUUUCGCCUAAUUGGAUAACUGAAUCUGGGGGGCCCUCCGCUGCCGCUCUGGCCCUAAUUGCGGGCCACAUUUCGGCCCAGCGCAUUCCCCUCCGAUAGAUCCAAGAUAUAUUGAUGUAGUUAAGGUGCGGCCCGAGACCGGAAUUGAUGGCGCGGACCCUGGCCCAAUGCACAAUGCUGUGCCCGAUUAUCCAGAUGCGCGCCCUCAUAGCUCCUUCACCCUAGGGUCCCCGUUAAUGGCAUGGUUUCUAUCCCAGUGGACAGUGCAGGGCCUAUAAUCCAAAUGUGCACCAUAACGUCACCUGAAAGCAAAAGAAGGUAACGAAGCCAGGUCAAGUAUACUGUGAACAAUCACAAGGUCUUACGAAUAUAUCCCUUAAAUGCAUCAGACUUCCACUGCCCCCAAGUCCUUCAUCCUUUCAGCUGAGAGUCCCAAAUGCAGUGCUGUGGUGGCGGCCCCAAUCCUAAAGGAGUUAGCCGCGAAUUCAGCUGAGGAUAAACUGCAGGCAGCAAUCUCCCUUCACAUAAUGCGCGUGGACUGAUGCCGUGCAAGGCGGGAGCCAUCCAAAUGUAUAAGGAGUAGACCUGAGACGGUUGGUCUCACGUACAUGAAAUGUUUAGUGUCCUUUUCUGCUGAUCGGUUUUGGAACAUUGGACAUGCAGGACUAAAUUGGAUCUGAACAAGGUCAGGUCUCUCAAACUAACCCCGGGCAGCGGAUUCUGGUUGGCCCUUACAAACCACUUCGCUAAUGCGCAUAGCGCCAAAGGCAAUGGAGUAUGCAGCUGAAAAUAACCGGGCCUUGUCCUCGGACCAACAGAUACUUCUUAUUUUAUUUUAUUAUUAUUAUUAUUUUAAUUUUAUUUAAUUAUUUAUUUAUUUUGGAAUUGGCAUAGAAUGUCAUAAGGGCCUUCUACCAUCACUUUUAGGAGGCUGCAGCCUGCGCCAGCCCUACAACAACAACAACAACAACAACAACAACAACAACAAUAAUAAUUUAUUAUUUGUACCCCGCCCAUCUGGCUGUGUUUCCCCAGCCACUCUGGACGGCUUCCAUAGAAACCAGAAAUACACUAAAAUAUCACACAUUACUAAACUUCCCUGAACAGCAGCCCUACGGUGCCCUUCACACUAAGAAGUCCACACCAGGGUCUAUGGAUUAAACAACCUUACAGAAAAAGGGAGAUUGCCGCCUACUGGAUGUUUAAGAGUCUUUGCUGCACGACCCAGCACCCUCCAAUGUACCAAGUAUUGCAGAGCUUCAGCCUUGGUAGGUGGUGUGUCAAGCCUAGGAUUUUCUACUUUGCCUUGAGGUGUGUCAAGCCUAGCAUUCAUUCAUUCAUUCAUUCAUUAUUUAUUAUUAUUAUUAUUAUUAUUAUUAUUAUUAUUAUUAUUAUUAUUAAUUUAUUAUAAAUUUGCCUUGGAACUCCAUAAAGUCCAACCAAGCCUUUUUAUAAGAUCUAAGCGUGGACGGGGCUCCUGAAGCUAAUACUCCCUUCAGGACAUCACGUUCCCAAGGCUCCAAAGGUGCUCCCAGAAUGGCUGUGGCACUUUGCUGCGCCUGAGCAUCUGUGAUGUCAUUGUUAACCCUAGGGGUAAAUUUGGAACGUGGGGGCUAGCUGGCGAAAAGAGGGUGAGCCCCCUCUGCGCCGGCCCUAAAUAGGGCAGACACGGCCGGGAUUCCCCUGCUCUCACGGGGGCUGAAACCAGCCCCCGCUCACGUGGGGGGUGGGCGUGAAGCCCGCAACCCCACCUCCGGGGCAGGCCGGAAGUGGCUUUCUCUGACCACAAAGGAAGCCUCUGGGCUGAGCUUGCUGCCUGGGUUAUUGGACCAUAUAACAUCGGUCUUGAAAGACCUACACUGGCUCCCAGUACAUUUCCGAGCACAAUUCAAAGUGUUGGUGCUGACCUUUAAAGCCCCAAACGGCCUCGGUCCAGUGUACCUGAAGAAGCAUCUCCACCUCCAUUGUUCUGCCUGGACACGGAGGUCCAGCGCCAAGGGCCUUCUGGCGGUUCCCUCGCUGCGAGAAGCCAAGUUACAGGGAACCAGGCAGAGGGCCUUCUUGGUAGUGGCACCUGCCCUGUGGAAUGCCCUCCCACCAGAUGUCAAAGAGAAAAACAACUACCAAACUUUCAGAAGACAUUUGAAGGCAGCCCUGUUUAGGGAAGCUUUUAAUGUUUAAUAGGUUAUUGGAUUUUAGUGUUCUGUUGGAAGCCGCCCAGAGUGGCUGGGGAAAUCCAGCCGGAUGGGUGGGAUAUAAAUAAUAAAUUAUUAUUAUUAUUGGUCCCAUCUGCUCACUUAAUUAGCGAAUCAAGAGCAGACAUGGGCCACCAAAGGGUUUCUGAACAUUCAGAUUGGUUUGUUUUUUGUUUUUACUAUGACAUGAGGUGACCAGUGGGUGGCAAUUUUUCUUUUUUGACUUAGGCUGUACACAGGCUGCACAUUUAAAGCUCAUGACUUCUCCCACAAUUAUCCUGAGUUCUGAAGUUGAACCUGCACUGAGCUCUGACUACAAGGGCCCUUAAUAAAUUACAGUGGCACCUCUGGAUGUGAACGGGAUCCAUUCCGGAGCCCCGUUUGCAUCCUGAAGUGAACGCAACCUGCGUUUUUGUGUGCAUUCACCACUUCCGCGCAUGCGUGUGACAUCAUUUUGAGUAUCUACGAAUGUGCAAGCAGCAAAACCUGGAAGUAACGCGCUCUGUUACUUCCGGGUUGCCGCGGAGCACAACCCGAAAAUAUUCAUCCCGAAGCAUAUUGAACCCGAGGUAUGACUGUACAGUUCCCAGGAUUCGUUAGGGGAUGGCCAGAUGCUUUAAAUAUAUGGUGUUUAUACAGCUUUAACUAAUCCAAAGGCAAUUUGGUGGAUCAGUUGCCAUACCAGCCCUCUACAUUUUGGGAGCUGAACCUCUGAACCAUCCCCAUUGCAUCCCUUCCAAAAAUGCCCUCAAGGUUAUCCAUUAGGGGACAUCAUGGGCCAACUCCACACUGUCGUUGUUUUGCAGAAUUGACAGAUCUCCCCCAACUUUAAAAUAAUAAUAAUAUAAUAAUUUAUUAUUUAUACCCCGCCCAUCUGGCUGAGUCUCCCCAGCCACACUGGGCGGCUCCCAAUCAAAUAUUAAAACAAUACAGCAUUAAAUAUUAAAAACUUCCCUGAACAGGGCUGCCUUCAGAUGUCUUUUAAAGAUAGGAUAGCUACUUAUUUCCUUCACAUCUGAAGGGAGGGUGUUCCACAGGGUGGGCGCCACUACCGAGAAGGCCCUCUGCCUGGUUCCCUGUAACCUUACUUCUCGCAAUGAGGGAACCGCCAGAAGGCCCUUGGCGCUGAACCUCAGUGUCCGGGCUGAACGAUGCGGGUGGAGACGCUCCUUCAGGUAUACUGGGCCGAGGCUGUUUAGGGCUUUAAAGGUCAGCACCAACACUUUGAAUUGUGCUCGGAAAUGUACAACACCAUACCUUUUGAAGUAGGGAAGAUGAUAGGAAAAUGCAGUAAAACUGUGGGAGAACAUUCAAUGGAUUGGAAGUCGUAUAACCCCAAAUCUCAAACCACACACUCUUUCUUUACCCCACCAAUGCAUUUUAUACUUUUUAGAGCAUAUAGAGGCAGCAGUGGGGGAUUUCUGUCAAUCUCCUGUUCUCUGGUCAAUCUGCUACCUGCACCACUCAACUGAUUCUGCCAUGUAUGAUGUUAUAAACUUGUCUCAUGUUUCCCGUAACUCAAUGUCUCCACAAACUAAAAAUACCCCCAAAACUUUCCUCGUGGUGGAAACAGGUCUUGGCUGCACCUUCACAUUUAAUUGUACAUACCUCUCACUUCUUUCUUCAGGUUGACCUUGAGUCCUUGUGCAGAGCUCAGCCUAUUCUAUUUUCAAACCCACUAACAUCUCACUGAAUCCAGUGGAACAAAGGCAGCAGAGGAAACCAGGAG